AUGCAAAAAUCGCCGAAUAAUUAUUCCCACACUUUCAGAGCUAGAAAAAUAGCCAUGGAGGCUAGGGUUAGGAGUGGCGUGCUGGUGAUUUUUGUGGCACUAGUGGCGGCUAUCAGUGCACUUCCAGCGUCAGCGGAUGAUGUGGAAAAGGUGCUGACUUUGGACCAUUCGAAUUUCUCAGACACCGUAACCAAGCACGAUUUCAUUGUCGUUGAAUUCUACGCUCCUUGUCGGACAUUGGUUGGCAGCCUGGCUGGGCUAGCUGCCUGCCGUGGCUUUCGAGAAAUACCUGUUAGGGAUGCAAAAUUAGUUCUCUGUAUGUGUGGGCACUGUCAGGCGCUCGCUCCUGAGAUCCAGGGCUUCCCUACCAUUAAGAUCUUAAGAAAUGGUGGAAAAAGCAUUCAAGAGUAUAAAGGCCCUCGUGAGGCUGAUGGCAUUGCCAGUUACUUGAAGAGACAAGCUGGUCCUGCUUCGACUGAGAUCAAGUCGGCUGAAGAUGCUGCUAGUCUUAUUGAUGAGAAAAAGAUUUUUAUUGUCGGAAUUUUUCCCAAAUUCUCUGGGGAGGAAUUUGACAAUUUCACUGCUUUAGCUGAAAAGUUGAGGUCUGACUAUGAUUUUGGUCAUGCCCUAGAUGCUAAACUCAUUCCGAAAGGCGAAUCAGUCAGCAAGCCCACCCUUCGCUUGCUUAAGCCUUUUGAUGAACUGUUUGUGGAUUCUGAGGAUUUCAAUCUUGAUGCAUUGGAGAAAUUUAUCCAAGAUCUUUCUGUUCCAAUUGUGACUACCUGGAAUAGUGAUCCUAGUAACCACCCGUACAUUAACAAAUUUUUUGAGGGUCCUAAUGCGAAGGCCAUGCUAUUUGCGAACUUCAGCGAACAGUAUGAUGCUUUCCUGUCAAAAUAUAAGGAUGUGGCUACCCUUUACAAAGGGAAGGGCAUAAACUUUUUGUUCGGCGAUAUUGAAUCCACCCAAAAUGCCUUCCAGUACUUCAACUUGAAACAAGAAGAUGCACCUCUGCUUAUUGUACAGAAAUCUGAUGGUCAGAAAUAUCUGAAAACAAAAAUAGAGCCUGACCAGAUUGCACCCUGGUUGAAAGAUUACUCGGAGGGACAAGUGAAGCCCUAUGUGAAAUCAGAGCCCAUUCCCGAAGUCAACGAUGAACCUGUCAAAGUGGUUGUUCGCGACAGCCUUCAAGACGUAGUUUUCAACUCUGGAAAGAAUGUUCUCCUCGAAUUCUAUGCACCUUGGUGUGGACACUGCCAGCAGUUGGCUCCCAUCUUGGACGAAGUUGCUAUCUCCUUCAAGAAUGAUCCUGAUGUUGUAAUUGCAAAAUUCGAUGCGACUGCAAACGAUGUCCCAAGGGACACCUUUGAAGUCCAAGGAUUCCCGACUAUGUACUUUAGAUCUGCAAACGGUAACUUGUCCCAGUAUGAUGGAGGAAGAACAAAGGAUGACAUCAUCAGCUUUAUUGAAAAAAACCGGGACAAGCCUUCUGCCGAGUCAACCUCAGCCAAACCAGAGUCGGAAGCAACUGAACCUGUAGAUGUUGACUCUGACUCUGUCAAGGAUGAAUUGUUUUGUGCUCCAAGAGAGAAUAAGUUGGUCGACAGAGUGGCGGAUUGAUAUUUGCUUUUUGCCUUUUUUAACGUUUCUAGUGUUUUGAGGUCAAAUAAGUUGGUUAUGUACCUGGAUUCGGAUCGGAAAUCUAGUUUUCUGAAGUUAGUAUGAGAUCCAAAGCAUUUAGUAGACAUGAAGUAUCACUAUAUAUAUAUAUAUUAUUAUACAAGAUAAAUUGAGUUUCAUGGUCGUGCCCUUAUUCAAA